CGCCGCACCUGCCCGCAGCCCCGCCGACAACUUUCYCUGCCUGUUGCGCGCACCGAGCUUCGUGCCCGGCGGCCCCGGCCAUGGGCACCGCGGGGCAGCGCCACGGGUAGGCGGCCCGAGGGGGUCGGGCCGGGAGCGCUGCCAAAGCUCUCCGCCCUCGCCGAUCUCCGCCGCCGCUGCAGCGAUCGCUGCCCCGCGCUCGGCGAGCAUGGAGGUGCAACUGGGGGUCGGUCGCGUCUACCCGCGGCCGGCGGGCAGGACCUUCCGCGGGGCUUUUCAGAGCUUCUUCCAGAGCGUCUGCGACGCUUUYCAGCCGCCGCGGGAAGAGCCGGUGGCCGGGCAGCCGCCGCCGAGCGCGCCCUGCCCGCCGAGCCCCCGGCCGCCGCCGGACUCCCCCGCCUGCCUGCCGCCCCCGGCCGGCUGCCUGCCGCCCCCCGAGCCCCGCGCCCCCGGUAAGGCGAUGCCGGCCCCCGGCCCCGCCAUGGGCUCGUCCUUCCCCUGCGCCGGAGAGCUGAGGGAGCUGCUGGGCGAGGCGGGCGCGAUGCCGCUGCUGCCGCCCCCCGAGACCGAGCCGGCGGACAAGGAAGACCCGCUGGGUGACAGCGCCCGGCAGCUGUGCCGCGCCGUGUCCGCCUCCAUGGGGCUGGCGCUGGAGGCUCUGGAAUCGCCUGCAGAGCCGCUGCCCCGCGAGGACUGCAUGUUCGCCGUGCCCRCCGGGCCGCCCCGCGCCCCUCGCCCGCCCGCCCGCGAUCCCUCGCCCGCCUUCGAGGCCGCYCUGGCAGUCGAGCCGCCCGCCGGGCCGGGGCUGCCCCGCGGCUUCGGCCGCGUAAAGCUGGAGAGCGCGGCGGGGCCGGCCACGGGAGGCGCCUGGGGCGGCCCGUGUCGCUUCGGGGCCGAGCUGGUCCCCGCGGGCCCCGCGCCCCCCUGGCCCACCUUCUUCGCCGAGGAGGGGCAGCUCUACGGGCCGUGCCCCGAGCCUCCCGCCGGGCCCGCCGAAUGCCCUGCCGAUGCCUGGUACCCGCCGGGCCGGGCGCCGUUUGCCGCCCCCGCCGCCGGCAUCAAGAGCGAGUUGGAGCCCUGGGUUGAGGGUUACGCCGGCGCCUACGGCGACCUCCGGCUGGAGACUGGCCGUGACCACGUCCUGCCCAUUGAUUAUUACUUCCCUCCUCAGAAGACCUGCCUGAUCUGUGGAGAUGAAGCGUCCGGGUGCCAUUACGGAGCCCUCACGUGUGGGAGCUGCAAAGUCUUCUUCAAACGGGCAGCUGAAGGUAAACAGAAGUACCUGUGUGCCAGCCGGAAUGACUGCACCAUCGACAAGUUCCGAAGGAAAAACUGCCCGUCCUGCCGCCUGCGGAAAUGCUACGAGGCAGGGAUGACACUGGGAGCCCGCAAGCUGAAGAAACUGGGUAACCUGAAGGCACAGGAUGACAUGGAGGGAGCCAGCUCAUCCAGCCCCACGGAGGAGCAAGCUCCCAAGCUGGUGAUGACACGCAUCGAUGGCUACGAGUGCCAGCCCAUCUUCCUCAACGUCCUGGAGGCCAUCGAGCCUGGCGUGGUGUGUGCUGGCCACGACAACAGCCAGCCUGACUCCUUCUCCAACCUGCUGACCAGCCUGAACGAGCUUGGGGAGAGGCAGCUGGUCUACGUGGUCAAAUGGGCAAAGGCCCUGCCAGGAUUUCGCAACCUGCACGUGGAUGACCAGAUGUCGAUAAUCCAGUACUCUUGGAUGGGCCUGAUGGUGUUUGCCAUGGGCUGGAGAUCCUUCACCAACGUCAAUUCCAGGAUGCUUUACUUCGCUCCAGACCUGGUGUUCAAYGAGUACCGCAUGCACAAAUCCAGGAUGUACAGCCAGUGCAUCAGGAUGAGGCACCUGUCCCAGGAGUUUGGGUGGCUUCAGAUCACACCCCAGGAGUUCCUCUGCAUGAAGGCUCUCCUUUUCUUCAGUAUUAUUCCAGUGGAUGGCCUGAAGAACCAGAAGCUCUUYGAUGAGCUCCGCAUGAAUUACAUUAAGGAACUUGACCGUAUCAUUGCCUGCAAGAGGAAGAACCCCACCUCCUGCUCCCGGAGGUUUUACCAGCUCACCAAGGUCCUGGACUCCGUGCACCCGAUCGCCAAGGACCUGCAUCAGUUUACAUUUGACCUCCUAAUCAAGGCGCACAUGGUGAGCGUGGACUACCCAGAAAUGAUGGCCGAGAUCAUCUCUGUGCAGGUUCCCAAGAUCCUGUCUGGAAAAGUCAAGCCAAUCUACUUCCACGCGCAGUGAUCUUUCRGAGGGACCCCCGUGCUGCCACCCCCAUUCCAGCCAUCUCCUGCCUGUUACUUCUGCACUACUGUCCUGCAGUGCCUUGGGGAAUCCCUCUGCGGCGGUGGCCAAGGGGACAGGCAGUGCAGACCUGCUGGGAUUCCUGAGAUUUCUAUUUUCCUGAGGUACCUCUGAACUGAACCCUGGCACCGGCCUCUGCCUGGCUCCAGCUGCUCACGGUGCUGGACAGAGACUGGUGAGGGCAGCGGCGUCAUGUCUGUGCAUUCUCCUCUGUUUGUCACCGUGGCUCCAGCCAGGGCCACGGGACAGCGGGAGAAGUGCCAGUGGUUGGUGGGUUUGGGGUGAUUUUUAUAAAAAGAACACGACACAAAGCAGGUUGCAGCUCCACGUUUGGGUGUGGGUUAUGUUGCCAGCCUGCUUCCGGACGUUUUGUUUGCAUUAUGGUGCUGGGAAGCAGAUGAAUUCAAACAYUGCAGAGGAGAAGCAGAGCAGAGCUGGGGGACGAGGUGAAUUUGUGGCUGAGGAGUUCACAGUCCCUGCAGCCACCGUGGGAUCUGCUCCGGUCAGCUCGGCCCUGGGACCUGCCUGCGCUGCCGAGACACGAGUGAUGGAGUGGACAGGCUGCAGUGGAAGGCUGGCCAAGGAAGAUGGCCUUGGGAAUGCCCCAAAGGCACCUGACUCCUGUUUUCCACCUGGGAUGUUUUUCCUGUGGCCUGUCCAGCCGGCUCUUGGUCUGCCCCGCAGACCCCCGGGCGCUCAGCCGUCACAUUUCCAUCCUCUCCAGCUGCUGCUGCUCCCUGACAGAGCCGAACCCACCUCCCAAAGUGCCUGAUGCCCUCGGACCUCACACCUGCCGGGCUCCCCUGGGCACCUGCAGCCCCUGCCCAGCCCCACUCCUGCUCUGCUCCCACCGCAGCUCUGCAGAUCUGGGAUUCCAGUUACGCUCCUUCCCUUCAUUUAUCCCAAAUAUUUCAUCCCAACUUUUUUUUUUCAAUGCCAGCAGAUGGGUGUCCUGGAGCCAAGACCAAGGCCAGGAUCUGUGGGACCUGUGGGACCAUGGGACUCCUCUGAAUCCCGUCCACGGGGAGGUGGCUGUGGGAGCAGUCUGGUGCCACCAYGGUGCUUCAGGGGGCUGGAAGGGAAGCGCCAAGAGACCCCCUGCUCUUGGGAGUGGCACACACAGCUCCUGCUGAUAGCAGUGGCUGCUUGCAGCCCUGGGGGACACC